AUGGGCAUCAUCAAGGAUAAUGGUUUCUCAGUGAAGGUAAUUGAUAAUGUAGUGAUCCAUGCACAAGAACCAUGGACUGACCAUUGGUUACCUUUGACAAACCUUGACUUACUUGUGCCACCAUUUGAUGUUGGUUCUUUCUUUUGCUACAAGAAACCUUCUCAUGGUAAUUUUUCCGAUAUUCUAAAAAGCCUCAAAUUUUCCUUGUCUCGAGCACUCGCACUUUACUACCCUCUCGCCGGGGAGAUCAAAUGGAACGAAGCUGCCGGAGAGAAUCAGUUUCAUUGCAACAAUCAAGGAGUUGAUUUCACUGAAGCUUUUGCUGACGUGGAGCUCAAGGAACUUAACUUUUAUAAUCCGGAUGAAAGUAUUGAGGGUAAACUAAUUCCCAAGAAGCUACGUGGGGUUCUUGCCAUCCAGGUUACGGAGUUAAAAUGUGGAGCCAUAGUAAUCGGGUCGAUGUUUGAUCAUAGGUCAGCCGACGGUUACUCGGCUAACAUAUUUAUAUCAUCAUGGGCAGACAUAACUCGAUUAGAAACUCCAUCUAUGUUACCGUCUUUCGACAGGUCAAUCCUAGGUCCAAGAUGCCCGACGACUUAUUCGUCAUCAAUAGACGACAUCUUUACUCUUUUUAAGCCACCAACCAAGCCCAUUAAUAACGACAAAAACCAUGAUGAUGAAGGAGAUGAUUAUAAACUCGUUAACCGUUUAUUCUACAUAGAGGGUGAACAACUUCAAAAUCUACAAUUGUUGGCAAGUGAAAAUGGGUCUAGGAGAUCAAAGCUAGAGGCAUUCACCUCUUUUUUGUGGAAAAUAAUUGCUCUUAGCAUGGAAGAGUCGGAAAAUCGUAACCAAAUAUGUAAUUUGGCUGUUGCGGUUGAUGGAAGAAGUAGGAUCGGUCAAGGAGAUGGAGAAGAGAAGCAAAAAUUACUAGCUUCCCUUUUCGGCAACGUUUUGUCUAUGCCAUCGGGAUCAAAAAAUGUACAGGAGUUGAAGAAGAUGCCGUUGAGCGAUAUAGCCACAGAGGUUCACGAGUUCGUGCAGACUGCCACACGGAAAGACCAUUUCCUCGACCUCAUUGACUGGGUUGACGAUCGUCGAAAAUUGCCACUUGUAGCAAAGGCGUUUGCUGAUAAUAAAGAGAUGGCAUUUAUGAUCUCAUCGGGGCAAAGGUUUCAGAUUAUGGACAUGAUGGAUUUCGGGUGGGGAAAAGUGGCAUUCGGGUCAUGCUAUCUGCCUUCGGGAAGGCAGGAUUGCUAUGUCAUGACAUUGCCGAGCCCAACCAACAAAAAUGAUUGGGUGGUCUAUAUGCGUUUGCCAUUGAAACAUAUGAACUAUAUUGAGAAACAUGCUAGUCAAAUAUUCAAGCCCUUGAAUGCUGAUUACCUCGAGAUUUAA